ACACGAGUACGUUCGGUACGCGCUGCUUCACCGACUGCGACUACCGACGUUCAGUUUAAAUGUACUGGGUAUUGCGACCGGUGGCCCUCCCUUACCGCCACAUUUUCCAUGUGCAUUUCCAGCCGUGAAAAAUGAUCCGAUCCACGCUGAUCCAGCUUGCCGUGUCCGGCCCGCGGGGCAGGCCGUGAUCCCCUCGAUUGUGCUUUGUUGUUGUGGGUUCCUCUACAGGUGUUAUUGUAUCGGUGCAAAAAGAUGGUGGUGGAUGUAGCCGUACGGUGUGCUGCGUAUUGAGUGUCGCUUUUCUUGUGUGUGCGUCCCCGGAGGACUGUCGGGAUGCACGAGAAGAACGGCAACAAUCCCCAGAAGCCGAAGUCGGUGGCCAUCGUCGCCCCGACCAGGAGCAACAGCCUGGACUACCUGAAUUUCGAGGAGAAGAGGCGGCUGAUCGCCUCCUCGCUGUCACUGUCGGACUUUUUGAGCGUGGGCAAUGCGGACGCCAAGGAUAUCAAGGAUAUGAAGGACGGAGUUACCGCCGUUAUCGUCGCAAAAAAGCAGAACGGGUCGGCAUUCCGAACGAACAGCCUCGGGAGCGGGACCAGAACGCCCCCUGCCGAGAGAAAGAGCAAAUUCUCAAUAGGAAAAUUACUAAGGCCGUGGAAAUGGAAACGGAAAAGAAAAUCGGAUAAGUUAGAAGCCGUUUCUAGAACCUUAGAAAGAAAAAUUUCUGUCCGAGCCAAUAGAGACGACCUGGUGCUGAAAGGAAUCCUGCUACCAGAAAGUCCAUUAUCACCUCCAAAAUCCGAGCCAGGUGAAACUGUUCCAUCCCCCUUCCCUCCCAGCGGGGUGCAGCAGGUGCCGGGCGGGCAGACGCCCCAGGGGCAGCCGCCUCCCUACCCUAUCGCCGCCAUCGGGACCCCCUCGGCCGCCCACCUGCCGCCCAUAAGCCAUGCCCUGCUGCAGCAGCAGCUCCUGCAGAACCCCCACUUCACGGCACAGGCCAACGCCAACAACAAUCAUACCGAGCCGAAGAAAGAAAAGACUGAUGGAGCGGCACAGAACGGCGCCCUCUCCCCCAACGGAGACACCCCCCAGCACGCGGGCCAGCCCCCCGGGGCCAUGGAGGCCACCCCUCCCUCCUCCAAGCCGGAGCGGCCCAGCACGUUGGGACACGGCAAGCAGCUCACCAAGAGGCUGCUCUGCUACCACAGUGAACACUUCAACGAUGGUCAGUCGGGAGGACCGGGCAGCACGCCACCCCCGCACGAGAAGCAGCUUCACAACAUCCCUCCCCCGCACCCACCGCCCUUGGUCGUACCAAGCUUCAUGCUUUCCGAACUGCCCGAGCCGCCUAUUCCCGUGUCAGAGAUUGGACCUAUCCCGCCGCCCCCCAUGUUUAGUUCCCCCAGUCCCAUCCCCAACAGGCUGUCGCCGCCGCCCAGUCACCACGAAUACGACUAUGAAGAUAACGAUGAGGACGAUGACGAUGAAAUAGACUACGAUGACGAUCACUCGUACAUGUACAGGAUGCCGCAGCCGGAUCCGUCUAUAGACACCAGCCGGAUCGACGAGAUACCUGCCAAGGAGCCCAAGUUCCACGCCAUGCCGCUCAAGUCGGCUCUGAAGAAGAAGGGCGGCAGCGGCCCCGGGACGCCACAGAACACUCCCACACAGGAAAACAGGCCGCUCACCAUGCGUCAGCAGGAACACAAUUCCAGCUUCAAAAGGCCACAUCUUAGGCCUCGGAUAAGGCUAUGUAGCGGAAAACCGGUUCGGUUUGGCUUGCCGGUCACAAUCGAAAAUAAAGAAAACGCCAGACCCUUCGUGAUACGAGAAGACGAGAGCGACAGUGAUUCGAACGACGGACCUAUACCAUACAGGGACGAAGAUAACAUGUCAGAAGAAAGCCGACUAGCACUGAAGAUAGCCAGGAAGGAGAGUUUGUCGCUCAAACUAGCGCUCAGGCCAGACAGACAGGAGCUCAUCAACAGGAACAUACUGCAGAUCCAGUCGGACAAUGAGAGGCAGGAAGCAAAGGAGGCGAUCGGCGCCAGGCUCAUACGGAGACUCAGCAUGAGACCCACACAGGAGGAGCUGGAAGAGAGAAAUAUUUUGAAAAAGCAAAGUCCCGCCGAGGAGAAGAAGCAGAAAGAGGAGAAGAAAAGGUUCCUGUUGCGCAAGCUCAGUUUCAGGCCGACGGUGGAGGAGUUGAAGGAGAAGAAGAUCAUCCGCUUCAACGACUACAUCGAGGUCACACAGGCCCACGAUUACGAUAGGCGGGCCGACAAGCCGUGGACCAGAUUGACGCCGAAGGACAAGGCAGCUAUCAGGAAGGAAUUAAACGAGUUCAAGAGCUCGGAGAUGUCCGUGCACGAGGAUAGUCGGCAUCUGACACGCAUACAUAAAGUUAGAACUAGAAUAGUGAUCAAAUCUAGAAAGAGGAGUAUCGAGGGGGGCGCUAGUCCCCUGCUGCAGAGGCAUUUAGUAUACAAUUUGAUAUCGCAAAGGAAAAAGAUUCCGUCCAAAUUGCGAGUUGUGGUCAUUUACAAAGACUCGUAAUAGGAAUAAUUUUUUAAGACAUAUGUACUUUAUCAUGGAGUUGGGUUUGGCAUGGGUAUAAAUGUAGGAAAAGGUGACAUAACACUUGGCUUAAAGAAAGGAAGAAAGUUGUGAACUUUAAAGUUAUAACUACAGGGAUGUUACGGUUUAAUUUGGACUAAUUCCAUAGGCCUUGACGAUUGCAAGGCGUAUUAGAAGAAAAGCAAAUUACUGUGAUGGGCGUAGCCGUAGAAAUCAACUUUCCCAUAAUCGCUUUUUAAGAUAAAAAAAAGAAAUGAAAAAGUUUAUGGACUCAGACUGUGUCGGACCAUAAACGUGCAGAUAUUGUGUAAUUGUUUUUGUACAUAAGUGAUUUUUUAUUACACAAAGUUUUUAUUAUUAUUAUUAUUAAUUAUUAAUUAUGAUCAUUAUAAAUAGUGAAUGUAAAUUUUUUCCUUUCCGUUAAGAAACCACUUGUUGUAAAUACAUAGCGUGAUUAUAUAUAUAAAUAGUUGAUACAGUUUUAAUCCUUUCGAUGCAUCACUGAGGCCCCGAGGUUGCAUUACUAGCCAAGAUUAAUUAUUGUUACGAUAUGGGGUGAUCGCAAAAAUAUGUACGAGGUUUACCAAAAAAAAAAAUUAUUAUUUUGUGGGCGGUUCUAUUUAAUCAGUCGAAGAACUUUUGUGAUAUUGUUUUGAUGUUUAUUUUGUUUGAGGAGUCGCCCAUUUUUUCUUCUACGAUAUUAAAUGAGGUGGAAAAGUUUUACGAUCACCCUGUUUUUAGUUUAAUUUUAAUUGUUUUAAAGUUACGAGUGAACGAGAAUUUUCACUACACACCUGUAAUAUUUCAAUUUCUUGUAACGUUUAUUUUUAUUGAUUGUAUAAUUUUGUUUGUAACGAUGUUGACUUAUCAUGAUACACGUAUUUUAUAUAAUUUAUAAAGCAAUCAAAUGUGUUCUAUUUAUAAAGUGAAAAAUAGAUUAUUCAUUUUAAUCAUUUCUUAUUUAACCUUUACUUUUAUGGUUCAGUAUUAAUUUUGAAUAAAAUUGAAGAGAACCCAGGGUAUUUCUUUUUGUUAAGGUAAAGUUACGUCGCCCUGUAUGAGGAUUUUAAUCCGAACUCUUGUAACAUAGGAUCCACUCAAAAUGCUUAUAUCAAGUGCAAAACGCUCUGUAUACCCCUAAAAAUAACUGUAAUCGUAUUGGAACAAUUUAUACUGAUUUUAAUAACAAGAAAUGUCUUCCAAAUAAACAAGACAUUAAAAUA